CUCUCUCUCUCUCUCUCUCUCUCUCUCUCUCUAUCUCCUUCGCUCCACGCGAGAUUAAGUAUCUGCAUUUUUGCGGAUUACGGCAUUGCGGAUGUGCAGUUAUCGCGAGUGAGGUUAUGCGGGUCAUGCUCUGACUCACGAGAUGAGGAUCUUCUGAAGAAUCCUGCGGCUAUUACUCGGACCGAGAACUUCGUUUGGCUGGCUCGAUGAGAGCCACGUCUCAUUGAGACAAUGACUUCGGUUUUCUCAAAAUUAAUCAACAAAACAUCCAGCAAGUAUGGAAUCCGUCAGGAGCAGUUGACAAGAGGCGUUGUCGGAGCGGUGACAGUUUUGUAUUUAAUUAAGGUCGGCUAUCCCUACUUGGCUGCGAGUGCAAAAAUUUGUAUAAAUCAGGUUAAAGGCUGCAAGAAUGCGAACGAUAAUCAAAAUAAAGAAGAAGCGAAGCAGCCGGUUAGUCAAGAAACGACGCGAAAUGGGACGACGUCGAAGAAAAAGCAGUUGCAGAAGAAAGCUGUGGGACUGGACAGAGCCUUCCUGAAGCAAUUGUUAAUGCUCCUUAAAAUUAUGAUCCCCGGAUGGAAAACAAGAGAGGCUGGAUUAUUGACGUGUGCAACAGUCACGCUACUUGCUAGGACAUUUUUGUCCGUUUAUGUUGCUACGCUGGAAGGGCAGAUUGUCAAGAGGAUAGUCUUGAGAGACGUGAGUGGCUUCUUUUGGAUGAUGGCAAGAUGGUUCGCGGUCGCAUUUCCCGCAACUUUUGUCAACUCAGCCAUUAGGUACUUAGAAGGCCGGUUGGCUCUGAGUUUCAGGGAACGGUUGGUCGAAUACGCAUACAAUAUGUAUCUCAGUCAGCAAACCUAUUAUAGAGUAUCCGCACUGGAUAAUCGCCUUGGUGGAGCGGAACAGCGAUUGACCGAUGAUUUAUCAGAGCUGGCAAGCUCUAUAGCGCACUUGUAUUCCAGUUUGACAAAGCCGUUAUUAGAUUGCGCACUAGUCGGUAUCGCUCUUAUCUCAUUUUCCGCACGAAUGGGAGCUAGAACUAUUCCUGGUCCGCUAUUGUCAGUAGUUGUUAUUGCACUGACUGGACAAGUAUUACGCUUAGCUUCACCACGUUUUGGUCAACUAGUCGCCGAAGAAGCCUCGCGAAAGGGAAAACUGAGAGAAGCACAUGCCAGAAUAAGUGCCCACGCCGAAGAAAUUGCUUUUUACGGAGGCCAUAAGGCAGAGCACAGAUAUCUUACCGCUGCUUAUAAAUCUUUAACCAUGCAUUUGAGAAGAAUUCUUGCUCUGAAAUUAGGAUACGUAAUGUUAGAACAAUUCUUAAUGAAAUACGUCUGGUCUGGAACCGGACUUUUAGUUAUUGCUAUGCCUUUGCUUUACACAUCGAAUGCUGUAUUACAAUCUACUCGAAAUACAGAUGGAGAUGGUGGUGUUAGCGAGCGUACAAGAUAUUUGACGACAUCGAAGAAUCUUUUAAGUUCUGGUGCAGACGCAGUGGAAAGACUCAUGUCCUCUUACAAAGAGUUGGUGGCACUCGCUGGUUACGCUGCCAGAGUAAGCGAGAUGUUGGAUGUAUUUCAGGAUGCAGCAUUGUGCAAGUACCGGAGAAACGUUAUAGCAACUUGUCAGACUCGAACAUCCAAUAGCUCUAUCGCUCAAGAUCAUGAACUGGUCGAAUUUCAGGAUGGAAUACCAAUAAUCAAAGGAAUUGUAAGAGAAAGCGACGAUGGAAGUAUAAGUUUAAUGGAUGUGCCAAUCGUUACGCCAAACUGUGAAGUCAUAGUUUCUAGAUUAACAAUUGAAAUUCGACCCGGUGACCAUAUAAUCAUAACUGGUCCAAACGGCUGUGGAAAAAGCUCACUGUUUCGAAUAAUUUCUGGACUAUGGCCGGUCUAUGGUGGCGUUCUAACGAGACCUGGCGAAUCUUACUCCGUGAGAACUGGUAGACCAUCCUUGUUCUAUAUUCCGCAAAAGCCCUACAUGACCGUGGGAUGCCUUCGAGAUCAAAUAACUUAUCCAGCGGAGUGCACGAAGGACGAAUGUUCGGACAAAGAAUUGCUCGACUUAUUGGACUUGGUCGAUCUUCGUGGGCUUGUAGAGAGAGAAGCCAACGGACUGGAUGCACUCGGCGAUUGGGACUCGACAUUAUCCGGAGGAGAAAAGCAACGACUCGCUAUGACUCGAUUGUUUUAUCAUGCACCGCAAUAUGCACUUUUGGACGAAUGCUCGAGUGCCGUGAGCCUUGAAGCCGAGGGUGCAAUGUAUGAGACUGCUAAGGAAAAGGGAAUUACUUUGUUGACAAUUACUCAUCGAGUAUCGUCUCUAUCUAAAUACCAUAAUUUGAUUCUUCGAUUUGAUGGUGAAGGUGGUUGGAACCUUGGGUAUUUAGAUGCCAAAAACGAUUCAGCGAUACAAGAUAGUAAGGAAGAUGAAAAUUAAAACAAAAACGAAAAGCAGUUUCUGAAAAUCUUGGGGUUUGUAUUGUCCUAAUUCCAACACAUGCUCGACAUAUUCUCCACAUUCAUAUGAGCCGACGAUAGACUUUAUAUUUAUCGUUUGCUUUUAUAUCUUUUAAAAUACAUUAACAUC